AGCACCGUAGCCACUGGUAUGAUUCGUAUCUUAAGUCCGUCUCGGAAUCGGCUGAAAUGAUAUACACUUACGAGCAAGUCAUUCACGGUUUCUCCACGCGGUUGAUGCUGGAGGAAGCUGUGCAACUCGAGAGCCAACCCGGGAUUCUCUCUGUUUUGCCCCUCUGUUUUGCCCGAGGGAAGUACGAGUUACACACAACUCGGACUCCUGAGUUCCUGGGACUCGACAAAAGCACCGAUUUGUUUCCCGAGUCGGACUUAAUGAGUGAAGUAGUUAUUGGUGUGCUGGAUACCGGUGUUUGGCCGGAGAGUAAGAGCUUUAUCAAUACCGGACUUGGGCCGGUGCCCAGUAACUGGAAAGGCGAGUGGGAAUCGGCUACCAAUUUUGGUAUCAGGAAUUUUUAGCUUCUUGUUUGGUAGUGGAUGGGAUGAAGUGAAAGUUGUUAUUUGGCUUGGGUUAGUUACUGAAAGCUGCAAAAGGAUUGCCUUGGAAGUAUUUGUAAAAUUGCCUUAAUCAAUAAUUUGAAUAUUA